GACAAAAAAUAAUAUCUAAAGAUAUUUUGGCACUAACGGCGCUAUCUGUAGCAAGAAAGUUGAGCAGUGUGAACUGUUGAGACUUCCAAGAAGACUUCAGAGAACCAAGACAGUGUAAAGGAAAACAGGAAAAAAGACUUGUUAGACAUUAUUAAGGGCACGAAAGUUGAAUUGAGCACAGUAAAUGUACAAACUACAAAGCCACCCAACAGAAGUCCACUUAAAAGCUACAACUGGCGGGCCUCAAAGAGCUACAGAGCAUGCUCCAAAGAAGAGAAAUGAGCCCCUGAGUCCUGAGUUGGUGGCAGCUGCAUCUGCUGCUCUGUUUUGACAAGCAAACAAGCCAGAACUGCUCAGGCAGCUCCGUAGCAUGAGGAAGAGUCAGGGGCACAGAGAGAUGGAGAGAGACCCAAUUAGGAAAAACAUAUUCAAGGGGAAGAGAUGUAAUAGUUUUGACGUGACGACAGUUACUAAAGAAGCACCUGAACAGACACAUCACCUUCACUUUGGGAUGUGGAAUUUGCUAAGUAAGCCACAGAAAAUGAACAUCCCUUCAGAAUGGGUUUGAAGAGCUGAUCCAGUGGAUUAAAGAGGGGAAACUGGGAGUUCCCAAUUAACAAUGAAGCAGGAGCUGACUAAGGCUUUGAAACAGAAACCAGAUGAUGCACAAUAUUAUUGUCAAAGAGCUUAUUGUCACAUUCUUCUUGGGAAUUACUGUGUUGCUGUUGCCAACACAAAGAAGUCUUGUGAACUCAAUCCAAAUAAUUCCACUGCUAUGCUGAGAAAAGGGGGCUGGCGGCAUGGAGUCUUGCUCUGUCACCCAUCCUUGAGUGCAAUGGCACCAUCUUAGUUCACUGCAGCCUUGAAUUCCAGGGCUCGAGCCAUCCUUCUGCCUCUGCCUCCUGAGUAGGUGGGACUACAGGCAUGUGCCACCAUACUGAGCUAAUUUGUUAAACACUUUUUUUGUAGAGACGAGGUCUUGCUACGUUUCCCAGACUGGUCUCUGAACUCCCGGCCUCAAGUGAUCCUACUGCCUUGGCCUCCCAAAGUACUGGCAUAAUAGACAUGAGCCACUGCACCUGGCUCCUAAGUUCUUUUCUUGAGUAAUAUCUUUCUUUUCUUUUUUUUUUUAUUUUUUGAGGUGGAGUCUCACCCUGUUGCCCAGGCUGGAGUGCAAUGGCAUGAUCUCGGCUCACUGCAACUUCUACCUCCCGGGUUCAAGUGAUUCUCCUGCCUCAGCCUGCUGAAUAGCUAGGAUUACAGGCGUGUACUUCCACGCCUGGCUAAUUUUUUGUAUCUUUAGUAGAGAUGGGGUUUCACCAUGUUGGCCAGGCUUGUCUCAAACUCUUGACCUCGUGAUCCACCCGCCUUGGCCUCCCAAAGUGUUGGGAUUACAGGCGUGAGCCACCACGCCUGGCCAAGUAAUAUCUUAGUAUCAUGCCAUUGACAUUUAUCCUCUAAUUAUUUCAGAGGUGGCCUUCAGAAGGAGGCCUCUUUGGUAAAAUUGCUAUUGAGGAUAUUUCACUGAAAAACAAAUUUAUCUUUAAAUUUAAAUCCAGGAAAAAUUUAAACUUUUAGGCUUCUAUUUUUAUCAGACAGGGUAAAAAAUUUAUAACUCAGAAUAUUACCUUUUCCCCUCUUUGUGUGAUGGAUUGCUUGGUUUUAGUUACUGAUUAUUUAAAAUAAUAAGUUAUUCAAAUCUAGGAUUUUGAUACAAUAGUUCUUCUCUAGAAUAUAGUGUGUGUGUGAGAGUAUAUUUAAAAUUUUUAUUAAGGCCCAUGGGGCAGCCUUUGAGGAAACCAGACCUUGGGGAUCGCCAGGCAGGAUUAGUGGCAGGAAUUGAGAGAACAGAGCCCCACAGAGCUCGUCGGGGACCGUCCCCCAGUCACAAGAGUAUCUCAAGGAAGUAGUCUUCUCCCACAUUCCCCAAAGAUAGCUACCAGAGGGUCAGUCCUCUGAACCCUUCUCAGUGUAGAAAAGACAAGUGUCAAAGCUUCCCCACUCACCCUGAGUUUGCCUUCUAUGACAAUACGUCACUUGGCCUCACUGAGGCUGAGCAGAGGAUGCUGGACCUCCCAGGAUAUUUUGGGUCAAAUGAAGAGGAUGAAACCACAAGUACACUUAGCGUGGAGAAGCUGGUGAUCUAGACUGAGAAUCAGCCUGAGCUUUACACAGCUGGGGUCUGCUACUCGCAUUUUGUAGACUUUUGUGUAACUAUUUGUACCGUAGGACAGAAUGUGAGGAGGAAGUAACACACAGAGGAGGAUGUGUGUGUAUGCAUGUGUUUGAAUUCACAAGGAAGAAAUUAUUUAUCUUGAGCUUUUUCCUUUGUUAUUCAGUUUUUAUUGGUUUAUUACUAAUAAUGAUAAUAAAAUGUAAACAAGAGCAAA